UCCCCCCGCCCCGCCCGCCGCACCAGGACCCCCGGUGCCGCCGCUGCCGCCGCCGCUGCUCGCUCCGGCCCCGCGCCCGUCCCGCACCAGCCCCGGUCCCGCAAUGACGCUCCUCGCCGCCGGUACCCGUGCGGCCGCGCGCCUCCGCGGGCCCAAGAACGCACCCUGUGUCCUGUUUGCUGCCCGUCACGCCAGUGCCGUCACGAAUCUGAAAGAUGUCCUGGUCAACAUGAUCCCCAAGGAGCAGGCGAAAAUCAAGAGCUUCAGGCAGCAGCACGGCAGCACAACCAUCGGGCAGAUCACGGUGGACAUGGUGUACGGUGGGAUGAGGGGAAUGAAGGGGCUGAUUUACGAGACCUCCGUGCUGGAUCCUGAUGAGGGGAUUCGCUUCCGUGGGUUCAGCAUCCCUGAGUGCCAGAAGCUGCUGCCCAAAGCUGCGGGGGGAGAGGAGCCUCUUCCUGAGGGGCUGUUCUGGCUGCUGGUGACGGGAGAGGUGCCCACGCAGGAGCAGGUGAACUGGUUGUCCCGUGAGUGGGCCCGCCGUGCCGCGCUGCCAUCCCACGUGGUGACCAUGCUGGACAACUUCCCCACCAACCUGCACCCCAUGUCCCAGCUGAGCGCGGCCAUCACCGCCCUCAACAGCGAGAGCAAGUUCGCUCGCGCCUACGCCGAGGGCAUCCACCGGGCCAAGUACUGGGAGUUUGUCUAUGAGGACGCCAUGGACCUGAUCGCCAAGCUGCCCUGCGUCGCUGCCAAGAUUUACCGCAACCUCUACCGCGAGGGCAGCAGCAUCGGGGCCAUCGACCCCAACCUCGAUUGGUCCCACAACUUCACCAACAUGCUGGGCUACACCGACCCCCAGUUCAUUGAGCUGAUGCGGCUCUACCUCACCAUCCACAGUGACCACGAGGGAGGAAACGUGAGCGCCCACACCAGCCACCUGGUGGGCAGUGCCCUCUCAGACCCCUACCUCGCCUUCGCUGCAGCCAUGAACGGGCUGGCUGGACCCCUGCACGGCCUGGCCAACCAGGAGGUGCUGGUCUGGCUGACUGACCUGCAGAAGGAGCUGGGCGGGGAGGUGUCGGAUGAGAAGCUGCGGGAUUUCAUCUGGAACACACUCAAGUCGGGCAGGGUGGUGCCGGGGUACGGGCACGCGGUGCUGCGGAAGACGGAUCCGCGCUACACCUGCCAGCGGGAGUUUGCCCUCAAGCACCUGCCCCAGGACCCCCUCUUCAAGCUGGUGGCCCAACUCUACAAGAUUGUCCCCAACGUGCUGCUGGAGCAGGGCAAGGCCAAGAACCCCUGGCCCAACGUGGAUGCCCACAGCGGAGUGCUGCUGCAGUAUUACGGGAUGAAGGAGAUGAACUACUACACGGUGCUUUUCGGGGUGUCCCGGGCUCUGGGUGUCCUCUCGCAGCUCAUCUGGAGCCGGGCUCUGGGCUUCCCCCUGGAGCGACCCAAAUCCAUGAGCACGAAGGGGCUGAUGCAGCUGGUGGGGUACAAAUCCGGGUGAAGAAGGGACGGGGACGGGGUUGCCGUGCUGCUCCCCAGGGAACGCUGUCGGGACGGGCCCCGGACCCUCUCGGCACUGAACCCCCCCCCCCAAACCCUGGAGCCCCAUCCCAAGGGGCCCCUCGCACCCCCACCCUGCCCCGGCAGCACUGCGCACACUGGGAGCCCCCCCUGGCUCCCCCCACUGCUGGGCUGGUUGGGGCAGUGCUGGUGUGGCCAUGGGGGGCACAGCCCCCCAGCACGGGGUUCAGUCCCGACUCGUGUCCAGACCCCCCCAUGGGGCAGCAGGUGAAGAACGAAUGUCACCCCCCCACACCCGCAGGGACUCGAUACACUCCUCCCCGGCCUGCACCCCGUGUUUGUGUGACCCCCCCCCCAUGUCUGAUGCCCCCGGCAGCCGGAGCUGAGCCCCCCCCCCAGCCCCGGCCCCUCGCUGGUAUCAGCCACUUCUGUACAAACAACAAAAAUGCAAAAUAAAUGUUUUUAUUAA